AUGACCAGCAUAACUUCUAAGAACAGCGUUUUAUCACCUACUAGCAGUCAAAGAAGAAGAAAAUCAUUAACUCAGCUGACUUCAAGCUCAGAUACAACUCAGUUGACUUCAAGCUCAGUUGCGACUCAGCUGACUUCGAGCUUAGCUGCUAUAUCUUCUGAACUACCAUUGGAUGUUUCUACUGCAGUGUCACAUGUUUUAUCAUCAUCUGGUCCGUUAACAGUUACAACAGCAUUAUCCUCAAACUCUUUGUCAGUUGUCAUGCCAACAUUCAUUCAAAUGUCUGGUUCACCAGUGCUCAGUCACUCGACUCUAUCAUCUCCACUGCAACCUACUCAGUUGCCUGGCAAACAAACCAGAAAACCAAGGAAGAAGAUGAAUGAGUCUGGGGACAAAAUUAACAACAGCAGUAGCAGCAAUCGGAAUGCAGCUAAAAGUGGCAACCCUAAAAAGUUGCGCGGUGGAUCAAAUGAAAAAGAAGCUUUCUUUGAGAAAAUGGUCUAUAAAAGAAGAAUGAACAAAAAAUGCAGCAAGAAGAACCAAGACAGUAGUGUUGAACAGGAUCAUCGACAUAAAGAUGAAAGCGAUGAUAAUAACAGCCCUGGAAACGGACUAACUUGUGGAGUGAUGAAUGAAAGUUUCCAGAAGUACAGGACAGUUACUUCGGAUGACGACCUCGAGAAUGAAGGUGCCAAUUUACUUAGAGUUGCUACACAAAAAGAUCAAAUUUCAAAACAACAAAGGAAGAAACACUGUUCAAAAAGCUGUGAACUGGUAGAGACAAGAUCAUUAUCAUCAUCGGAGGUAGACAACAUUGAGGAUAUGAUGGAAGAUGAUGAGGCAAGUAAUGAAGAAGACGACGACGACGAAGAAGAAGAUGAUGCUAACUAUAGUUGCAUGGAUUACAAAGCGUACGAUGUCGUUUGGGCCAAGUGCCACAAACAUCCGUGGCAGCCGGCAAUGAUAAUUCCUUCAGCACCUGUAACACCUCCUCCGAACCUCUGCAUAAACAUGCCGACCAUUCCACAGGAGACCGUUGAUAUCAUAAGCAACAAUCACCUAUUGAAAUGUGUUGUCUUUUUUGAUGCCAAGUCAUCAUGGAAGUGUCUCUCCGUGAAGAAACUCCUGCCCUUAGGCGUGGAUGCAUGCAUCGACAAGUCCAAGUUGUUGAGUUGUAAGAAGAUGAGCAGCAGAAGGUUGAUGCAGAGUGCUUACGAUAAAGCACUGAUGCAUCUACACUCGAAGCGAGAUUACACUGAUGAUGGCGUUAAUUCCCAACAGCAGCAGCAACAAUAUCAACAGCAACUUCAACAACUGCAGCAACAACUUCAACAACAAAAUCUUUGUGGAUUUGAAAAAGUUUUGAAAGCUGACGAUAAUUUAUCAAACAAUAGAGAAAUAUCAACUCAUGAAAAUAAUGUCUAUCCCGUUGACGUUGAGUCUCAAAAAUCACCUUCCUACCACGAACACUAA